UACUGAGUGGUAAGUCCUACCCUCUGCCAUCUUUCUCCGCCAUCAGCAUGACAACAAGUGGGACCUCCAAUGCUGCGGCCAACAUAGAUGCUGAGGAAAGGGAUACCAUCAGUUGUUUCGGUGUACCUCAGAGCAUUGUUUGUGAUCAGAAUUCAACCAGCCCGGAUGUUGCCUCGCUUUCAACCCCAUCCACUGACAACUUAGUCGGUGAUGAUGACUUCACCGGCCUCAUCAGCAUGUUAGUGGUGAGACUUCUGUCAAAAAUCCAAACCCAAACGGAUCUGUACCCAACUGACGUCACACGCACGUCACAAGACCUGAUUCCAAAAGUUAUAGCUGCCUUCUGUGCAUGGUCAGGCUGCUCUGAGACCCAAGCUUAUCCCAAGAACCUGAAGAGUCACAAAGUAUACAGCACCGUCUACAAACAUCUGUUGAAGGAGUUUGGCUCAGAGAAAAUACUCCAACUGGCCGUGUCGACUCAGGACUCCACAUUCAAUAGGAUUCUUGUGAAGUCAUUGAGCAAGGAGCUUCUCCACAGUUGUAACGAGGCAUCAAGAGCAGCCUCAAGAACAUCUUUCGAAGCCACCAGGCCAGAAGCUCUUCUCAUGGCUGAAGAUGUGAAGGCUACCAGAGGGAAGCUGUCUUUCCUACAAAGGCUUGCCAGACUGAAAUUCGACUUAAAGCCAUUCAUGAUGGGAAACAAGAAGGAUUCCAAGAAGAAUUCCUGCCCUUCUGUAUCUCAAGACCAGACUACUGCUGAAGAUAUCAUGUCUUUUACCUUCGACAUCAACAAGCGACGCACGGGCUGGUCCUGCAGACUCCCACGCCCAUGGCCCAGGAGAAGGCUGGGGGCCACCUGCUCACUCACGUCCCAGCCAUCUCCUUUGAGACCAACUCUACUGUGGAGUGCACCUCCAAGAGGACUCUUGAAGAGAGGGACCGGGUGAAGGUUAAACUGGCCAACAUGGCCUUGAUGGGAAGGAUCAAAAGUCUUGGCUGUGAAAUG